UAUGUGUUUGAAAGAAGUUAUAACCUGUGAUACAAAUAUGAUUACCAUUAGAAUAUUAAAUAAUUGCACUAAAUCUUAUAGAUUAUUUGAUGUAAAAAUUCCUUUGAAUUGUUUAAAAGACUGUUGUUUUUAUUCAUCAUUUAAUUCUUCAUACUUCAAGAGUGAGAAGUCAGAAAAUCUUUACAAUUAUUUAUACACAAAAAUUCUCUCCUGCGGACCAAUAACUGUUGCUGAAUACAUGAGAGAAGUUUUAACUCAUCCAACUGCAGGUUAUUAUAUGAAUAAAGAUGUUUUUGGUAAAAAGGGUGAUUUUAUAACAUCUCCAGAAAUUACACAAUUAUUUGGAGAAAUGAUAGCUGUUUGGAUGAUAUAUGAAAAAAGAAAAAUGUCAAAGGGUCCUUUUCAAAUUGUUGAAUUAGGUCCAGGUAGAGGAACCCUAAUGAAAGAUAUAUUGAGGGUAUUUAAACAAUUGAAGGUCCUAAGUGACAUAUCGGUACACUUAGUAGAAAUUAGUCCUACUCUCUCUUCAAUUCAGGCAAAAAAUUUAUGUAAAACAACUAAAGAAUAUGAUACCACUAAAAAUGAAUCUGAACAAAAUCUUAUUCCUCAUUAUAGGGAAGGUGUUACAGCAGAUGGUGUUAAUGUAUAUUGGUACCACUCUGUAAUGGAUUUACCUAAGAAAUUUAGUAUAUUUUUAGCGCAUGAAUUUUUUGAUGCGUUACCGAUACAUAAAUUUCAGAAAACCAGUAGCGGAUGGAAAGAGGUGCUGGUUGAUAUAAUUGAAGGAAGUAAGGAAGAAAAAUUUCGUUUUGUUUUAUCAAAUACAGCAACCCCUGCUACCUUUUAUUUAUCAAAUGAUGAUAAGAGGGAACAUGUAGAAGUUAGUCCACAAACUUUAGUAAUAAUAGAUCAUAUAGCAGAAUAUUUAUGGGAGUGCGGUGGAUUUGCUUUAAUAUGUGAUUAUGGUCACAGUGGUGAUAAGACUGAUACUUUUCGCGCAUUUUUACAACAUAAAAUACACGAUCCACUAGUACGUCCGGGAACUGCAGAUUUAACGGCCGAUGUUGAUUUUGAAGCAAUUAAGAAAGUUGCAGAAAAAAAUAAUAGGCUAAUAACAUUUGGACCAGUGACUCAAGCAAGUUUUUUAACAAAUCUUGGAAUUGACGUACGAUUACAGAUGCUGCUAAAAAAUAUUUCAGAAGGAGAAAGAGAACAAUUGGAAUCUGAAUAUCAGAUGAUAAUGGACGAAAAUGGGAUGGGAACACGUUUUAAAGUUUUAUCAUUGUUUCCAUCAAUUUUAAAAGAAUAUUUUCAACCGCUACUAAUAGCAGGAUUUUAUGAUAAGUACAAAACGUAGAAAAAGCUGAAAACCCCUUUAGAUUUAAAUAAAUAUAUAUAUGUAAAUAAGUUCUAAUUUUCUUUCAUUAAGUUUUGUAUAAUAUACAUACAUCUGUACACAUGUAGUAUUAUAUGUACGUUAAACUUCCUUGUUGAAUGUUAA